AUGAAGUUCACAGCAAUUGUCUGUUCGAUUGUCUUAUUUGUCUCAACAGCACAAGGCGCCCCACUGUUUACUCAUUCCUUUGGGAUAAACACCUUAGGACCAGGAGGGUCUAUUUUAGGUCUAGAGCAUAUGUGGCCUAAUCCAGGCUCUCUUAGAGAUAACUUUGAUACUAAUACAAGUGAUGGAUUUUAUGUUCAAGGAAGAAAUAUCGAGCUUUCAUCGAGCUCGAUCAACACAGCUGCCCCUAUCUUUGAUCAAAACAAUGCUACUUUCCGUACGAUUUCAGCCAGUGGAGUUUUACACUUUGAUUGGACCACUUUUCAAACUGGAUUUAUUCGUCACACAACGGUUGAAACUGGAAGAGGAUCUGCUGAAUUCACCCUGAAUACUUUUACUUAUAUGCUAAAUAUUGAGACUGACAGAUAUGGAUUCUUUGAAGGCAGACUUUACGACUUCCAAUGCCAAUUCAAUAUUAAUGGAAACCCUACCAUUGAUACUGAAGCUAAUGAAGAAGUAACAACUAGAUUGUUCCCUCAGCUCAGGGAAGGACUCCAGAACGUAUUAAACAACUUGCUUUGCCCUGAACUUCAGAGACAAAUGCAAGCACAACUGAAUAGAGUUUUACAAUCAGCUCAGACAACCCAAAGACUUUCAUGGAGUAGCGGCCCCUUCUUCCAAAGAAAGGAUAUGGCCUUGACUCCAACAACGACUAUUCCGUUCAGAAAUAAUGCUUUACAGAUAAUUUCAGGACAAGGUUUGAAGAUGGAAGGAAAUAACUCAACCUGAAAUAAUACUUCUCCUUUCGAUACAAAUGAGGUUAUCCAAGAAAGUGAUUCUGAAAUGCUUACUCAAGGAAACGACAUAUGCAUGAUACUUAACCAAGAUUUAGUUCUUGCACUGAUCGAAGCAAAUGUUGAAUUUUAUCAAAAGAAGGAUCUUAUUGCUAGUCGUGAAUCUGCAACACAGAGAUUCUAUCCAUUUAACCUCUGGCAGUUCUGGGAAACUGCUCUUUAUGACAUUGAUAAUUUGGAUAGGAUCGGAACAGAGCAAGGACAGUUCAGACAAACUGAUCCGAUCACUAUUGAAUGCACUAUUAGAGGUGUUGAUAAUACAGUCAUUAACAAUGAUGGAACUAUUAACACUCAAAUUCUUUACAGAUGCACUCUCAAUGUCUUUGAUAGUAACAAUGGCAGAGUUAAGACUACUCUAAAUGAUUUCACUUUCCAUCAGCAGAUUAUUGCGAGCAUCUCUCUAAAUGGAAGAGUUAUUAAUGGCCAAAUCGAUGAUAUUAGGAUUGCAAAUCUUAAUGGCAUCCUUGAUAAUGCACUAGAUGUUAGAAAUAAUAUUGUCCACAGGUUCCCUCUUAAUGUUAAUACGCAACUCCAGGCAAGACUCUUUGGAAUGAAUGGAAUCAGUUUCAACUUUAUUGAAGGUAAAGAAGCUAUAGCCUCAAGACAAGGUAAUAAUCUCCAAAUUUGCUUCAGAUAAUUGAUA